UAAGAAUCUAAACCACAGAAAAACGUCAAAUGACCACUAACAUCGGCUUUGUGGAGAGUAGAUAAAAGCUAUAAAAGUUGGAAAAAAUUCGCAGUAAAUAAGGUGAGGGGCUGGGCAUACGGUGAGACCAUGAUCUUAAACAAUAGUAGUAUUCACUGGGAAGCCAGAGUCCUUCCAGCAGGUUCACGUUUGCUGGGGUGGAAUAUACCUCCUGAAGAACUAGUGCACAUACCAGAACAUUGGCUGGUCUAUCCGGAGCCAAACCCCUCCCUUCACUAUUUAUUAGCUUUGGUUUACAUCAUUUUUACGUUUGUUGCAUUGUUGGGCAAUGGGCUUGUUAUUUGGAUAUUUACUGCGGCUAAAUCUCUCAGAACUCCGUCAAAUAUGUUUGUAGUCAACUUAGCUAUUUGUGACUUCUUCAUGAUGAUUAAAACUCCUAUUUUCAUAUAUAAUUCAUUCAAUACUGGAUAUGCUCUUGGACACCUUGGCUGUCAAAUAUUUGCAUUUAUUGGCUCUUUAACUGGAAUUGGUGCUUCGAUUACAAAUGCUGCUAUAGCAUAUGACAGAUACACAACUAUAGCAAGACCAUUAGAUGGAAAAUUAUCAAGGGGGCAAGCUAUGUUAUUCAUUAUGUUAAUCUGGGUCUACGUGCUUCCAUGGGGACUUAUGCCAGUGAUGAACGUUUGGGGCAGAUUUGUUCCAGAAGGUUUCUUAACUAGCUGCUCUUUUGAUUAUCUCACUGACUCCAAUGAAAUUCGUUAUUUCGUUGGAACUAUAUUCACGUUCUCAUAUGCUAUACCAAUGCUUUUGAUUAUUUAUUAUUAUAGUCAAAUUGUCAGUCAUGUGGUAAAUCACGAGAAAGCCCUGCGAGAACAAGCAAAGAAAAUGAAUGUAGAAAGUCUUCGAAGUAAUGCUAAUUCAAAUGCUCAGUCUGCUGAGAUUCGUAUUGCAAAGGCGGCGAUCACAAUCUGUUUUCUAUUUGUUGCAUCAUGGACGCCCUAUGGAGUAAUGUCUCUUAUUGGAGCAUAUGGAAACAAAUCCUUACUGACACCAGGUGUAACAAUGAUUCCAGCAUGUACAUGUAAAUUCGUUGCAUGUUUAGAUCCUUAUGUUUACGCUAUCAGUCAUCCAAGGUACCGACUUGAGCUGCAAAAACGCUUGCCAUGGUUAGAAAUUAAAGAGCAAGCCCCUGCUGCUGACACCACCAGUACUACUACUGAAGCAGUAAAUAAUGCAGCAAGUUAAAUCUAUUACCCUUCUUCCUGAUGUGUUAAAAAAACAGCUUCAAACACAACUAUUGCUGUUUGUUCUAUUAACAGUUGUAAAUAGUUGUUACAAUAUUGUAAGAAUAUUUGUCAACUGUAAUAAAAAAUUUCCUUGCAAUU